UCAAACUUCUUGCGCGCAAAACUCCAACAUUUUUACGUUUACGUUACCGCCGAAAUGAGAAGGCCAUCCGACAAGUAGUCCGAACAGAGUCAAGAAGACGCUAAUUUAUACACAAAAUAUGCCCCCAAAAAGGGGGUAUGUUCUGUGAAUUGAUACAACACGUGCUUGUAUUUUGGUGGUGGUUUAUUAGGCUUGUCAUCGACAGGCUCUAAAAUUAAGCUCCAAAGUGUCUUUUGAGUGUUUUUAAAAUAAAUAUUGUAAAAAUGGAAAUUAUAGUGGCGAAUCAACAGUGAGUGUGUUCAGUUUUCCAAAAGACGACGGGUUGUUAAAACAGUGGCUACGAGCAAUACUUCGAGACAAUUUUCAGCCCACGAAAAACAGCCAGUGGGCCUUCUUAUUUCGGUGGUAACGUGCCAACUGGGAACGCAGCGACGUGCGCGCCGCCAUGCCGUCCCGUGUGCGUGAGUGAGAGGACCGAUGCCAACUGCGUUCCAGAGUGCGCAACUGAGUGAAGUCAUUAUAAAUUGCACGAUGGGAUUGCAGCCAAAGCCACGCUUCCUGGCACUUCUUUCCAUCUCUUCUCAAGCAGGUUUCCACCGUUUGCGGUCGGCACAAACAAACGUUUGUUUACUUAAUCUUCGCAAUCGACGUUGAACUUUCCUUGAUGUUCAAAGCCUCCUUAAGAUAACGAGCCACUAAACCGACCAAACCGCUUUGCAGUCGAGUGUGAAACCGCCGAAAUGUUAGUUCAAGGUUUGGUGGUUUUUGCGGUUUUUUGCACCGUGCUCGGGAACCUGCAGUCUCCCUGUCCUGGAGUGCUUCUGUACGAGCCGACAAACCCGGAGGAACCGGACAAAUGGUACGGGGUGAUCACACUGGGCACGGACGAGGACCUGGAGGGGGUGUGGGUGAAGGUGUCCCUGGACAGGGAGGCCAUUGUACUGGGGAAUUGGUUCGCCGACGCCACUUCAAACGACAACAAACUGUUCAACAUCGCAAACCCCCAAUACAAAUUACUGGCCGGCCCGCCCAUCUUGAUCCGAUUUUUCGUGCAGUACAACGAAAACGACGGAGUCCCACAGGUGCAGAAAAUCCUGCUGAACGGAAAAAACGUCUGCUCCAGAACAAGAACGGCCACCACCCAGCCCACGCUGCAUUUGAGCUUCAGAAGCACGGAUCCCUAUGGGGCCAACCGGCAGGGCUUCCAACACAUGCACCCGCCGGCCAGGCCAGAAAAAUCCAACAAAAAGCCCCAGAAGGAGGGAAAACGGAGAACAACGACGCCUUCAGGGGAGGAUGACAGCUUCUACGCUGGGGACUUCAGCCCAUCGCUCACGCGCAAAAGAACGAGUGUUCAGUGCGGAACAGUGGCGCAAAGGCCUGCGCCGCUGAUCACCUAUGGGGAAAGCACAUCGCCUGGUCAAUGGCCGUGGCAUGCCGCCCUCUACGUGCUCACGGGCACUGAGCUGAAGUACACCUGUGGCGCCACCUUGGUGUCCGACCGUCAUGCAGUGACAGCCGGCCAUUGCGUCACCAAGCCCAGAACAAACACGGUGGUUCAAAAAGACCGGCUGGUUGUGUAUCUCGGUAAAUACAGCCUGACGAGCUUCGGGGGCAACGUCCAAGACAGACAGAUAGAGGCGAUUGACGUUCAUCCACAGUACAACGCCUCUAUCUACUUCAAUGACAUUGCGCUGUUGACAUUGAGCGCACCCAUUGAGGUGACCGACUUUGUGCGCCCCUGCUGUCUGUGGACCGAAGAGCGAACCAGCCUAGAUGCUCUAGUGGGGAGGAAAGGAACCGUCGUCGGCUGGGGGAUCAACGAAAAAGGGGAACUGUCGCAGAACCUAAUGCGAAUCGAGCUGCCCGUCAUCUCCAACACGGACUGCUUGUUCUCGAAUCGCAACUUCUCGCAGUUUUUGUCCCACAACAACUUCUGUGCGGGGUUUCAGAACGACACUGCGGUUUGUAACGGCGACUCGGGGGGCGGCAUGGUCUUCCCAAGAAGCGACACAACCGGCCCCAACACAGUGUGGCAGCUGAGGGGCAUCGUCUCACUGGGCGUGGCCAAGCAGAGCGAGUCGGUUUGCGAUCCGAAACACUAUACAGUUUUAACUGACGCCGGCAAAUAUUCGCAAUGGAUCAAAGACACUAUGAAGGAUUAGUGCGCAUUUUGCCACCCCAGCUUCGACUCAGUGUACCAAGUGGGGCCCUGGAGGGGUUUCGGGCUCCUCUAUAAUAUGUGCCACCGUGCCAGACCAGAAGAUGUAUAUUACUGAAAAUUUUCCACUUUUUCAACAAAA